AUGUUUAACCGGGAGCGCCCGUUCACGGAGAGGGGCCACUUCUUCUCCUCCAUGGAGUACCAGCGGCAGCUGGUGGAGGAGGAGGGCUACCCGCCUCCCGCGGCCAACGGGAGCUUCAACGACAGCGGGGCCGGGCCGGGAUGGGGCACGCCGUACCCCCUGCACACCACCGUCACCCUCAUCAGCCUGGCGGGCUUGCUCAUGCUCUUCACCGUCUUCGGGAACGUCCUGGUCAUCAUCGCCGUCUUCACCAGCCGGGCGCUCAAGGCGCCCCAGAACCUCUUCCUGGUGUCUUUAGCCUCGGCCGACAUCCUGGUGGCCACGCUGGUCAUCCCCUUCUCCCUGGCGAACGAGGUGAUGGGGUACUGGUACUUCGGCAAGGUGUGGUGUGAGAUCUACCUGGCCUUGGACGUGCUCUUCUGCACCUCCUCCAUCGUGCACUUGUGUGCCAUCAGCCUGGACCGCUACUGGUCCAUCACGCAAGCCAUUGAGUACAACCUCAAGCGCACCCCGCGCCGCAUCAAGUGCAUCAUCUUCAUCGUCUGGGUCAUCUCGGCCGUCAUCUCCUUCCCACCACUCAUCUCCAUCGAGAAGAAGAGCGGGCAGCAGGCAGACCAGGGGGUCGCGGGGUGUAAGAUCAAUGACGAGAAGUGGUACAUCAUCUCCUCUAGCAUCGGCUCCUUCUUUGCCCCCUGCCUCAUCAUGAUCCUGGUCUACGUGCGCAUCUAUCAGAUAGCCAAGAGGCGCACCAGGGUACCGCCGAACAAGCGGGCAGAGCGCCCUGAGAAGAAGCAGAACGGCUUGGCCGACAAGGAGGACCUGCCAGCCACAGUCCAGCUCAACGGGGAGAAAGCGGCCGGAGGUGGUGAUGGGCAGGAGGGAGAGGUCAAUGGCAUAGACAUGGAGGAGACCUCCUCCUCCGAGCACCAGGACAACAACCAGUCCAAGAAGUCAGAGAGACCGUCAAGGGGAAAGGCCAAGACUAAGCUGAGCCAGAUUAAGCCUGGGGACAGUUUGCCCAGGAAGGUGGAGGAGGAGAGGACCACCAAAGGGUCCCGGUGGAGGGGCAGGCAGAACCGGGAGAAGCGCUUCACCUUUGUGCUGGCGGUGGUGAUCGGUGUCUUUGUCAUCUGCUGGUUCCCCUUCUUCUUCACCUACACGCUGACUGCCGUCUGCCAGAGCUGCUCCGUGCCCGACACCCUCUUCAAGUUCUUCUUCUGGUUCGGUUACUGCAAUAGCUCCUUGAACCCCGUCAUCUAUACAAUUUUCAACCACGACUUCAGGCGGGCCUUCAAAAGGAUCCUCUGCAGGAUAGAGAGGAAAAGGAUUGUUUGA